GGUUAUAAAAUAAAUUUUUAAAUUCAAUCUUUUUAAAUGAAAACAAAAAAAAAAUACUUUUAUCUAAUACAUAUCAUUUAUUCCACGUAUGAGUAAUUGCUUGAAGUAAAUUUCCAAUGCCAAAUAGAUGCAUUUCAGGUGGUAAACGGAAAACUGAUAAUGUGAAACAUAUUGUAACAUAUUGAAACAUAAUAUAUUUUAAAGCUUUCGAUUAUGAAUUCCAAUACUCUAAGAAUACGCGGCAGUGAAAACAAGAAUACAAGAGUUAACAUAACUUUUGAUGAAGUAAUUCUACCAGAUAAUUAUAAAUGUGACAAUGAACUGUGUACCAAAUUCAUAACAUCUAAUGCUGAAGGCCAAUUGACAAUACUGAAACAAAUUUUAUACACUGUCAAGGACAACUGUGACCAUGAUAUAGUUCAUUUUCUAGUUGUUACAUACUUAAGUGCUGAUUCCAAGCAUCCAGCUAAGUGUAUGAUCACAAGAUAUGUAACCAAAAACAAUUACUUUCAAAAUCAAUUUUCUGACAUACUCACACAUGAACUUGAAGUGCUCAUAAACAAACAACACAGUGGUCCUAAAAGUUAUUCAGAUUUGGUGUGCAAAGUUGGCAGUUGCACUGAAAAUUUCCCGGCUGGAGCUGAUGCAGUGAAGAAUUUGGAAAUAAAGCUAGCACAGUAUUUUACAGAUUGCUUAACAUGUUGUAUUGCAACUUUAAGUGAUACCCAACCUCUAUCACCAACAGCAAAAAACGAAAUCUUCAACGUAGCACAUUCUACACUGAGGCUUCUCUUAUACUUGGUUCAAAGAGUAAACGAUGAGAACACUGCCAAAUUGAUCUCUAUGUUCUCACAGAUAAGAGCUAGUUUGAAAAGCCUCAUAUUCGAUGGCGACUCGCCUAUGGACACUAAAUCAGUUUGUGGGAUCCUGUAUGUUUAUAUGCAUUUAAUGGAGAAUGGAGCUGAUUCGUGGGUUGACAUAUUAGAUACAACAAAAAAUGCCUGCGCUGUUACGGAUAUGUUGGAGAACGAUUCCGCAAGGCUGAGCCUCUACUCAGCAAUAGUAACUGUGAUUCCCAUGUCCAAGCUUCAAAUAAAGAUUGCCAACGCCCCAGCUUGCGUACUACUAACUCAUAACAUACUUGAUAUUGGAGACAGGAGUUCCGCCGAAUCGACCUUAAUCCUGGGUGUGACGCGAACAUUGGUACAAAUAUGCAAAGGUUUGGACCACUCUCACGCGACCGGGCUGCUACUACUAGACGGACUAUUCGUAUUCGUUUGGUCGCACCUCGAACACUACACUGACAGCGUGCAGCAUUUGACUGCCCAGGCUCUGGGCUAUAUUAUAAAGUACUGCGCUAGAUUAAAGAGGGAGGGUAACGAGGAAGCCAUGAACAAAUUAUUCGCUACCCUGACCUCUCUGGACCGCAGCCGCAAAAGUUUCUACGUGAGCCUCUCCUACUUGACCAACGAGUUGGGUGCGGGCUGCGUCAUGGACAAGUGGCCUCGGAUAGUCCACGAGCUGCUAUCUGCGCUGAGCAUCCAGGCGGUGCAGGCUAGCGCAACAACGACCCUGGAGACUCUUCUGCGCGCGCACGUCAGGCGCUCGAGCGGUGACGUCAUCCACGAGCGCUGGGUGCAGCCGAUAGUAGCGCACGUUGCCAGCCACGAGCUGAACUCGGCUCAGCUCAACAUCUUGGAAAACCUGCUCUCCCUGGCCGCCAAGCUGGACCAGGAUAUCAUGAGUCAUAUCCUCCCCCACGUCAAGGAGGAGUGUUCGCGAGGCGCCGCGCGGCUGUACGGCGACGUGAAAUGCGUGCUGAUGCUGCUGGGCGUGGCGCGCCGCGCGGGGGCGCUGCCGGGCCCGGCCGCCGCGCCGCCCGAGGGGGGGCGGUGGAGGGGCAUCAUCGGCUACGACGUGCUCGAGAUGGCCGCCGUCGACGCUUCGCAAGAGAUUCGCAUCUUGUCCAUAUCUCUGAUAGUGGAGUCGCCGAAGUCGACAGAAACAUUCGCUAAAGGUGAACUCGACAUCGUGCUCUGGUUCAUAAAAUAUAACAUCAAUGCACAAACUCCUAACUUCAGGCAACUCGUGCUCUCUGCUAUGAAAAAGUUUAUAAAACGUUUCGAGAGCAGCUACAAAGUUCUGUCACGUGAAAACGGCGCUAAUGCUGGACCAAAUGAGGGUCAAACAAAUUACCUGAGAUUCGUCACGGACCUCCGCGCCCUAUGCUUCGACAGUUUAUUGAAGGGGGCCAACUACAGUAGGCGACAUGUUGCUUUGCAAAUUCUAGUUUGGUUGGAGAACGUACAGUUGGAUGGGCAUUACGACAGGGUGUGGACCGAAGUUCAAGUAGAAGCACUUCUCUACCACCUCUCCGAUAGCUACGAUAUCAAUAAGGCGUUAGCAUUAGAACUGUUGACUCGGUGCCCGGAGGAAUUGUUGAAGCUGAAACAGUACAGCACGAGCCUAGAGCUGCAAGACAUCCUGUCGGAGGCGUCGUCCGUCAAGCCGACGGACUGCGUGUCGGCGGUGCACAAACUCAAGCUGCUCCGGAGCAAGCUGCCCGCACACAUCGUUCCCGGUACUGACAGCACCAUACCGAGCAAAGUGAAGUUCGCACUUCUCGGCAUAUUGCUCAAGGAGGCCCAGAAACAGCUCGCAGUGUGCCAGCAGAGCAUAGUGUACGGGGCUCGGAACGCGCCCAUGUACGGCAUACUGCAUUGUAUCGGACACGCCCUAGAGCCGAUCGCCCCCUUCGGGAUACCUGCGGAUAGCUUGACAGCCGUCAUGCAGACUUUGGUGGACACUUGCGUGCAAGUAUGCGCGUGCGCAGGUUCCGUGUUGGCCAGCGCGGCGCCGGAAGGGCUCCUCCCAGACGUAGCUCCUCAAAAUGCUACCUGCGACUCCGCCGGGGGUUACAUACGCCUGGAAGACGGCAGAGAGGUCACCGCACAAAUGGUUCUACUCUGUGCGUGGAGAUCCGUGAAAGAGGUGUCACUGAUCCUCAGCACCGUAGCGAGCCAAGUCCUCCUCCACGACGAGCUGCGCCCGGCGAGCCUGCGGCUGGGCCUGGUGAGGUCCAUCGGCGAGCAGUUCACGGCGCUGCUGACCGAGACCAAGCACAGGGGCGCCUUUGAACAAGUCUACGUCGGCUUCACUAGGCUCUUGACUAGCCUGUGGCGCAGUCCCAGCGCGGAGUUCCACGAGCUGCCGGCGCGCUGGCUGGCCGGGCUGCUGGCGGCCAUCGAGGCGCCGAGCGCCGCGCGCCCGAGCGCCACGCGCCGCAGCGCCGGCCUGCCCUUCCUCGUACAGGCGCUCGUGAUCACCGAGUUGCAAGUGAAGGCGAACGCGAGGAGUUUCGACUCGUGCAUGAACGCGCUGUUGCGCGUGGCGCGCGAAGCCGCGUGCGAGCAGAGCCGCUGCCACGGCCUCAACGUGCUGCGCGCGCUGUUCCGCAACUCGCAGCUCGACGACUACGUCGGCGCACACGUGGGCGCCGGCCUGCUGGUGGCGCUGAUGGGCUUCGAGAGCGGAACAUGGAUCGAGCGCAACUCGGCAACCCUCUUGUUCAGCGCACUGAUGGUGCGGAUAUUCGGCGUGCAGAGGUCGAAAGACUCUGAAAACCUGUCCGUGAGGAACCGCAUGACCGGCAGAAUCUUCUUCCUGCGAUAUCCACAGCUUUACGAUUUUAUGCUUCACAAGUUAAAGGAAGUAAGUGAGAGCGGCAAGGAACAGUUGCUGCAUCCGUCGUUGUAUCCAAUCUUAUUGCUACUGGCCAGGCUGUAUCCCUCUUCGCUGGAAGGGACCGUAUCGAAUUUGAAGUUGUCGGCGUUCGUGUCGCCGGUGGUGCGGUGCGCGGGCGCGGCCACACUGCACACGCGGCGCCUGGCCGCCAACGCCGUGUCGCCGCUCGUGCCGCCCGACGCAUACAUUCCACAUGUAGAGAGCAUGCUGAAUUUGUUGUGCGAUGAAAGCAUCAAGAGAAAUUUCUGCCACGGCAUAUUAUUGCAGAUUUUGAAGCUACUAGAUACGCCACCAGAAAAUCUUCCAAUCGACCGUGAAACGCAACGUCGCUUGGCGAGUCUGUUCAGAAAAUCCGUUUGGAUAUUAACACAGUGCUCAGGAAACACACCUUGCUAUGUGAUAGCUGAUGAAUAUAUUAAGAUUAUUAAUGUGCUAAUAAGGAGGUUCGACACACUACUCGAAGAGACAUUUAUAAAUGAAAUCCAAAAUUAUUUAAACGACCUAAUAUUUAAUAACGGUAAAUUAGAAAAAAACCCCGGAAAGGAACUGUGCUUAUCAAACGCUACCUAUUUAUACAUAAUAACGUUAAAUAUAUACAACAAAGUAGAUGAAAUAUGUCAAUUUGUGCGUAAAUGUCUGUCGCAUCAUGUCAACGAAGUCGUUCUGGCAGUUUUAAACUAUUUGCUUAUCCUCUACGGAAAAUUGGAUAUCGAGAACCCCUUUCAGCAACACCUAAACGAGAUUUCACACAAAAAUACUAUCAAAUUGCAUAAACUGAAUUCAAAACAUGAACUAUCAGAGAAAAAUGGCGUAAAACCUCUAAAAGAGGACUCAGAAUCUUUACCAUCAGAGUUAAUUGUUUUAGAUGUUCUAAGAAAAGAUGCGAAAUACAUAGAGAUAUUAUGCGAAGUACUAAAAUGUAGCAAGUAUUUGGAAUGCACUCAGAAGUGUUUGAGACUAAUAACUCUAGAGCCCGAUACUCAAAUUAAUAUUAUAAACGCUAAAGAAAAUAAAGAUAUUGUAAAGUCUAAAACUGAGCUUUCUGCUACUGACGACAUCAUCCUGGAUACACUGAUACGUUAUAUCGAAAAUGAACACGAAAAUUUGACCCAUAUCUACUUAGCCAGUUUAUCCGAUUUUUUGUCACGAAGGAUAAAGGAAAAAAACUUUAUGAGUAUGCGAAUAUUAGAUGCGCUAAGGCUCAUUUUCGCGUGCAGUUUGUCAGAUAAUUGCUGUGAUACGAGAAGCGUCGUUGUAGAGUUUCUGGAGGAAAACUUGCAAUUGCUUCGGGAGUUCGAUCUAGGAAAAUUGAGUGAAGAGGAUCAAUUUGAGUUCAAAGCGACGUUGUGGGCCACUGUGGUCACAAUCCUCGAGGACGAGGACGAGUCGAUCCGCGCGCGCUCAUCACACAUCAUCAGCCGCUUAUCAUCAUCACAAUCUCAUCACGUGAUAGCGAGCCGCGCGAUGGACUUCCUGCUCGGGAUCGUGCGAAAUGAUACGAAGCAUUCGGUGGCGUUGCUGACUGCGAUCGCGCUGUUGGACUUCAAGGCGGAAGUGUGUAUGAAUGACGACAUCAAUGACGAGUGUCGAGUUUUCGAUCAAAACGAGAGAUACAACGCCGACCUCGAAGAGACGAUCUGGGCGCGCGCCUGCGCAGCUGCGGUCGCCACGCCCACCGCCCACGCACGCGCACACGUGCACGCUGUCGUGCACAGUGCGGCGUACCGGAGCACGUUUGAGAGAUUGUGUGGCGACCAUAUUACUGCAUAUACUAGUCUAAUAGAAGGCCGACGAAAUGUACCGGAAAUCAAUCCGAAAAUUGAAAUAUUCUAUUAUAACUUAGGCGUUCCGCAAACGUAGAUACUUUUUGCAACCGACACGGAACUCUUCAUUUAAUAACUGCCGUCCGUGCGGUAAAGGCAACUUUGCCGAACUAGUUAACAAAUUUUAAUUUUAGAGUAAAGUAUACUAGUCGCAUUUUUGUGUAGUUGUAAAAUGUAAUUUUUUUUAUAGUGAUAGUUGACGGACCCAGUAAAUGGCACCACCUGAUGGAAAGUGGCAAGCCAUCGCCUAUAAAAAACGCAACGCUAAGUAGGGAAUGCAAGGAACACGUUCUACAACAUCUACCUGUGUUCAUCAACCGUAGCCUUGGCCAUUGCAGCUUGGCGGCAGAAGCAAGCAUGGCUUGCCCGGAUGAGCUCUGUCACAAAAAGCUCCACUACUACUAAAACAAAAAGACCAAGUUACGGUAAGGUGGAUGUGGCGCUAGUUCGCAUUAUUUUAUUUUUCUCACCGGGGAAAUGGCUAAAUUUUAUCUCCUACCACAGCUUUAUCAACUCUCCAAUCACAGGAAAUAAUAUCUAAAUAUUAUACGUGUAAUAGUAGACGGGGGUAAACUUCUCAGAUUCCCUGUUACCGCACUUGGGCAGGUGAACACAUUAAUACAAGGGGUAACCCUUAUCAGGGGAUGUAAUCGAGGGAUAUAAUUUUUAUCCCCUGCCUAUGCAGUGCAGAGGAAAUAAUGAAGGUUUCGUGGUAAUAUUGAAAGGUUUAAAUGAUAAAUCUCACUUCAGUUGCGGUAUUAUUUUCUGUUUGCAAAUGAAAAUUAUUAACUUACUAGCACGUAGGCUGAUGAAGGCUAUGUGCGGAUGACGUCACCCGACUUACUUGCAGGUGCAAUAUCCGGUCAGAAUGACCAAUUCCAAUUUUGAUAGAAACUAUUAUUUUCUAUUUUUAUACUUAAACUUUUACUCGUUAUAUUUAUUGACUAAAGAUUACUAAGUUAAGAAAGUGUCAAGCGAUGUAAAUAAGAAAGAACAGUUUUUAUACAUUUGUAGCGCUUUAUGUGGAAACCCCGAAGUAGUGCGGGACGAAUGCUAUAGAUCUUUUUAUAAGGAUCUGUCGUGCGUCGCGUUAAAAUACAGGUGGCCGAAGACUAGUCGUAGA